UCGAUAGGGUAGUUUGAAUGGUUCGACGGUGGAUCGAUAAGAGCUCGAUGGAUCUGUGGUAUUAGGUUAAAAUGGCUCGAUAAGUUCGAUAAUGGUUCGACAUUAGGCUCGAUGAUCUGUGGUAUUAGAUUAAAAGGGCUCGAUAGGUUUGAUAAUGGUUCGACAGUAGGCUCGAUGGAUCUGUGGUAUUAGAUUAAAAAGGCUCGAUAGGUUCGAUAUUAGGCUCGAUGGUUAUUUAUGUAGACAGAUUUUGCUUAGCUCGAUAGGACCGACACUGGUUCGAUAGGGUAUGUUGCAGCUCGAUUAUAGCUCGAUGACAACUUAUUUAAGUUUUUUGAUGAAUUUUUUUUGAAUUUUUUUCUGAUUCUGUUUAACAUUCUGUUUUCUUACCAAUUUUUUUUCAUGUGUUGCUGUAGAUGCCUAAGUUGCUUGUUCCGUUCAGUGAUCACUUUCCUGGUCGAGUGACAUAACGGGGUAGUAGUACUUUAAAUCACAUUAAGACUAGGUUUGUGGAGCUCGACCUGCUUGAAAGGGCUAAGGAAUCCCCUUUCAAGCAGUUCUUUUUGGCUUCGGAGUUUAAUUUCUCUGAAGUCUUGGCGCAUCAACUGCUGUUGAGGAAAAUCACCAGCAACAACGAAGAUGAGGUGCAUUUCUUCUUAGGGUCGAAGUCUUGUAGAUUCGACAUGGGAGAGUUUGCCUUGGUGACGGGGUUGAAUUUUAGUACCUUCCCGUCACCAAAAGAGUUGGAAGAGCAUAAUCUCAGCGACCGGUUGAUAAAUGAGUAUUUCAACGAUGUUGAGAAAGUAAAGCUCUCACAGGUGGACCAUGCUUUCAAGACUUGUACUGUUGUGGAAGACGUGUACAAGCUUGGUCUAUGUUUGUUGGUUGGGGGAGUUAUGAAUGCCAUAGAGGGAAAGUUGCACAUAUGGCGAGAUAUUCUGAAAAUUAUUGAGGACGUAGAGUACUUCUUCAGCUAUCCAUGGGGGAAGUACUCGUAUAAGAGGCUAUUGCAGUCUUGUAAGAAGGACAUGGUGAAGCAAAAGGCCAACUAUGAUGCCAAGAAGGAUGCUAAGGUGCAGCAAGAGUCCAAGUACAGUAUGUAUGGUUAUGUCCUGACCUUACAGUACUGGGCAUAUGAGGCUAUCCAGCAGCUUGCAACAUAGUUUGUUGUGAGCUCGGGAAACAUGGUCCCGAGGAUGCUUAGUUGGUCGCAUAGGAGGAAUAAGGAUUUCACCAAGUCUGUCAUCUCACCGAUGUUAUCGAAGAAGAAUUUGAUUGUCCUUCCGAUGUUGAAGCCUCGACCAGCAGAAAAAGACUAUUAUUUGUCUUUGACAGAGGGAGAUCUUCCCCUUUAUCCUGGGCUUGGCCAGGAUCCCUCAGAGGCUGAUGAGGAGGAGGAUGCGACUUUUGAGAAAAUCGUGGAGAUAGUUUCUCAGGCAGCCGAGGCAGCUAAGAUAUUUGAUAAUGUUGCCCCGGGGGAGGAGGUUGCAGGUCCCACCCCUCCUGUUGCUCCAGCCUCAGCCUUCGCCCCAGCUUCAGCCUCAGCCCCAACACCAGCCUCAGCCUCAGCUCCUGAGCUCACCGACUUGAUUGAGCGGUUGGACAGAGUCGAGGGUCGACAGGAGACCCUCCUGAAGAACCAGUCAGUGAUCUUGGACGUAGUCAGUCAGAUCCUAACAUUUAUUAAGGAGAAACCGAGGGGCUUCAAUGAAGAUUCAGACUCAGAGUCAUUGGAUAUUCCUCUGGACUAUGUUGAUGAUCCAACUAUGCUUCCUACCAUCAUUGUGACACUUGAUGCUGAGACUCCGGGAGUCGUUAUUGUCAACCUUGAGGAUGUUGCUGGGGUUCGGUUUCAGAGGACUAGACGCCAAAGAUGCAAGCCAGAUUUGUUUGAGGACUACACUGAUCCCAUGAGGAAAAGACCUCGCACUGAUGCAACUGCACCAGAAGAGGAGGCUACACAGGUGCUGGACCCUCUCAAGAAGCCAGAUCGCAAACAGUAUAGGACAAUGUGCAAGUGGCUGCUUGGAGACAUCCCCAACAAGACCCCGAGGGAUGUAAAGACUGGGAAUCACGGUCCAACGUGGUUUCUGACGUGGAAGACACCCCAGUCGUUGCUUAAUGAUGGGGUAAGCCAUUUAUACCUAAUGACUCGACAGUGGUAGAAAUUAUGUUUUGUUUUCAAUUUUACAAGUUCUGUUUUUAUUGACUCGAUAUGAGCUCGAUAGGAACUUGAUGGGGGGUUCCAGGAUCGAUAUGAACUCGAUGGAGCUCGAUAGUAGUUCAAUAUGGGUGUUAAAUUAGGGUUGUUGUUUACUGUUUGAGAUUAGCUCGAUGUGAGCUCGAUGGAGCUCGAUAGUAGUUCGAUAUGGGUGUUAAAAUAGGGUUGUUGUUUAUUGUUGGAGAUUAGAUCGAUGUGAGCUCGAUGGAGCUCGAUAGUAGUUCGAUGUGAGCUUGAUGGAGCUCAACAGUAGCAAUUUAUGAUGGUCUUUGCUAACUUUUUAUAUCGUACUCUCUUUGUAGCAUAUUGAUGCGGUAGAACACAUGCUUCGUAUGCGUCACAAGUAUUUUCCCAAUAUAUAUCGAUAGAAUGCAGUUGUGAUGAACAUGUAUUUCUCACAAGUGAUACCUGCUUGAUAUGAUCAAUACAAGAAAAUUGCCGACAAAACAAAGUAUACAUGGGAUCCGGACGUUAUGUCCAUGUUAACCAGCAUCGAACAUCAAUUUCUCGCAUCUUGGGGAGGAGUUGAGGAUGUAUAUUGGUGCCAGAACUAUGGACAACAACAUUGGUUUGCCAUUGACGCUUCCAUUUCUAGUUGGACCCUCACUGUUUACGAUUCAGACAACUCAGUGAUUAGUGACGCAAAGCUGGAAGAAAUUAUGAAUCCAUGGUGCUUUUUGCUUCCUUCUGUGUUAAUGCAGAGUAAACUGUUUACUGAUAGCUUGAUGUUGAAGAUUCCAUCAGCAUGAAAGAGGCCGCAUCAGUUCACAUGGUGUCGCAAACAGAAACACGAGCUCACUCAGUCAAAGAGAAGUGGGGAUUGUGGUGUGUAUGCUGUCAAGCAUAUUGAGCAUCUAAUGGUCGGCCUUCCAUUGGAAACUAUCUGCGAUGAAAAUAUGGAGGUGUUCAGGAACAAGUGGACCACAGACUUGUGGUAUCAAAAUUUGUUACCUUGAUGAUUGUAUAUAUAAAGGGUCUUUAAUUGUGCAGUUUUUUGUUCCCAUUUUUUUUGUAACUUACAUAUGUUUGUUAUCGAGUUCAUAUCGAACAUUAUCAAACUAAUAUCGAGCUAUAUCGAAUUGUUAUUGAACUAAUAUCGAGCUUCAAUCGAGCAAUAUCAUUUUCAUAACCAUUAUCUAGUUAUUAUCAAACUAAUAUCGAGCCAUAUCGAACUACUAUCGAGUUAUGUCGAAUCAUUAUCGAACUAUUAUCGAGUUAUUUGAAGUCAGUUUAGAAGCUAACAAACAUA